GCCCGCCCUCAGGGGCGCCGCCGCCACCGCGUGUGGGAUAUCGCCCCGCCACCGCCACAUAAAUAUAUAUAUAUAUAUUUUAUCUGCGAUAUCUGUAAAAUAUAAGCGUCUAUAGAGUAUAUACCAGGGAGCCCCUGAUUUUAAAAGAAAUGUUAAUAUAAGUAUCUCUCAGAGAUUUAUUAUUCUUUUUUUUCUCUCCCCCGCCACCCUUCAGAAAAUCGACCGGCCGCCGCUCUGCAGGAUUUGGGCUAAAUCCAAAGCGAACAAAAAAAAAAAAAAAAAAAAAAAAAGGGCACGCGGGUUUUUUUUAGGACCCUGUAGGUUUUAGGACCUUGAGGAGGGUUUUUUUUUUUUGCCUCAGAGCUGACGGGAAAAGAGCUCGGCGUGUGAAUUGUGGUGUCGUAUCAGUUUUGGCGUCGUAUCCGAUCCCUGCUGCUCCAGGAGGCUGAACUUUCGGAGGGGGUGUGCGUGUGGUUUUUUUUUUUUUUACUAUUAUUAUUAUCAGGCUUGUCCAACCCCCUUUCAGCUUCUCGGUGUGCUUUCCCCCCCCAUCCUCCCGUCGCACCCACCCCCUGCCCCACGCCGUGUCUGCAGGCCGCAGAUUUAACCAGGCUUUUCAAUAAGACUUCCGUGUGUUGCCCCCAAAAUUAAAUAUUUAUAAGAAGCUUGACUUAUAGAAAUCCCAAGAGGAAAAAAGCAAGCAAACAAACAAACAAACGAAACCAAGAACCCUUUAGUCCGCGGUGGGAGUGAGUGGUGAGGGGAAGAUGAACACGGCAGCCAGCAGUUACCCCAUGGCAUCGCUGUACGUGGGGGACCUGCACCCCGACAUCACCGAGGCCAUGCUCUAUGAGAAGUUCAGCCCCGCUGGCCCCGUGCUCUCCAUUCGGGUCUGCAGGGACAUGAUCACCCGCCGGUCCCUCGGCUAUGCCUAUGUCAACUUCCAGCAGCCAGCAGAUGCUGAGCGAGCUCUAGAUACCAUGAAUUUUGAUGUGAUCAAAGGAAAACCCAUUCGCAUCAUGUGGUCUCAGAGGGACCCUUCCUUGAGGAAGUCAGGGGUUGGGAAUGUCUUCAUUAAGAAUCUGGACAAAUCCAUUGAUAACAAGGCACUUUAUGACACGUUCUCAGCGUUUGGAAACAUUUUGUCCUGCAAGGUGGUGUGUGAUGAGAAUGGCUCUAAGGGCUACGCUUUUGUGCACUUUGAGACGCAGGAUGCUGCAGAUAGAGCCAUCGAGAAGAUGAACGGCAUGCUGCUCAACGACCGCAAAGUAUUUGUUGGCAGAUUCAAGUCUCGUAAGGAGCGGGAGGCUGAGUUGGGAGCCAAGGCAAAAGAAUUCACCAAUGUUUAUAUUAAAAACUUUGGGGAUGACAUGGAUGAUGAAAGACUGAAGGAGCUCUUUGGCAAAUAUGGUAAAACACUGAGUGUUAAAGUGAUGACAGACCCCACUGGAAAAUCCAAAGGCUUUGGCUUUGUAAGCUUUGAAAAGCAUGAAGAAGCUAACAAGGCAGUGGAAGAAAUGAACGGGAAGGAUAUCAAUGGGAAAAUGCUGUUUGUGGGCCGAGCACAGAAGAAGGCUGAGCGCCAGGCAGAGCUGAAGAGGAGGUUUGAACAGCUAAAACAGGAGAGACUCAGCCGGUACCAGGGUGUUAACCUGUACAUUAAAAACCUAGAUGACACUAUAGAUGAUGAAAAACUGAGGAAGGAGUUCUCACCUUUUGGGUCAAUAACGAGUGCCAAGGUGAUGCUGGAAGAUGGACGGAGCAAAGGGUUUGGCUUUGUCUGCUUUUCCUCUCCAGAGGAAGCCACGAAAGCCGUGACAGAGAUGAACGGGCGGAUUGUGGGCUCCAAGCCAUUGUAUGUGGCACUGGCACAGAGGAAAGAGGAGAGGAAGGCCCAUCUCACGAACCAGUACAUGCAGCGCAUCGCUGGGAUGAGAGCCUUGCCUGCCAACACGAUCAUUAACCAGUUCCAGCCUGCUGCUGGGGGGUAUUUCAUGCCUGCUGUGCCCCAGGCUCAGAGCAGACCCACUUACUAUGCACCCAACCAAAUGACCCAGAUGAGACCCAACCCACGCUGGCAGCAAGGAGGAAGACCUCAAGGCUUCCAGGGAAUGCCAAAUGCCAUGCGCCAGUCGGGACCCCGGCCAGCCCUGCGCCAUCUGGCCCCUGCCAAUGCUCCGGCCUCCCGUGGCCUCCCAGCUGCUGCCCAGCGAGUUGGUGUUGGCACAGCAGCACAGAAUUUGGCUCCCCGUCCACCCGUAGCUGCCCCUGCUCCCAGAGCUGUCCCUCCUUACAAAUAUGCCUCAAGUGUCCGCAGCCCACACCCAGGUGUCCAACCUCUGCAGGCACCUCAGCCCGCAGUACACGUGCAGGGCCAGGAACCACUGACAGCCUCCAUGCUGGCUGCUGCCCCUCCCCAGGAGCAGAAACAGAUGCUGGGAGAACGUUUGUUCCCUCUGAUCCAAGCUAUGCACCCCAGCCUCGCUGGGAAGAUCACAGGAAUGCUGCUAGAGAUUGACAACUCCGAGCUGCUGCACAUGCUGGAGUCUCCAGAGUCGCUCCGGUCCAAGGUGGAGGAGGCCGUGGCCGUGUUGCAGGCUCACCAAGCCAAGAAAGAAGCUGCCCAGAAGGUGGGUGUGGUUGCUGCUACCUCUUGAACCAGGAUGACUGGAUACAAAGAAGCCAAAUAGCCCCUUCCUAGACAUCAGCUCAAGAUGUUUGAAGAUCCUUCACUGUCCUGCAGAUCUCAAUGCCAUGCAUCAUAUCACAUAGUUAUAUUGCAUUUUGUAAAUUAAUCUUCAAGAUCUUAUUUAAAUAAGCCAGCUCUGAAGCUUGAGGUUUCCAAAACCAGAAUGGGGGUUGCAAGCUUUUCCUUUGUCAGAACAGAGCUACCCCUUGUGUCUUCUAAGGAGGACGUUGAGGAUUUUAGGCUGGAAGUAUUUUUGUGGGUUUGUGUUUAAUUGAACAAUCCAGUUUGGAAAGUUUGGGAAACAUUUAUCAAUAAAGGAGUAAACUUGCACUGUG